UGCGGGUGAGCAUGCGUAGAAAGAUUGCAACCCAUCAUGAAUCACAUCGCCGUCCAACAUUUGGAGCGAACAACAACGCACCGUUAUCAUCAGGUUUUGACUCGGCAUUCCACUGGCAUCUGUUGGAAAAUUUGCCUAUCACUUGUCCGCAGGUAUGAAGAGGCCUCGGAGUCCGACCCAGUUGCUGCAGAAAGGCAGUGGCGGCGGCCAUGGCGGAGGCGUGUGCUUGCCCUUCAACCUGUGUGGCGAGCUGCUACAGGAGCCCGAAGAAGGACACCCAGAUGGCCCUCAGCAGAAGAAAAGGCUGCUCUACUCCCUCUGCGAGGUGUGCAACCUCCAGCUCAACUCAGCCGCCCAGGCCCAGGUCCACUACAACGGCCGUUCCCACCUGCGCAGGGUCAAGCAGCUCAACAAUGGAGAGCUCCCCCCGAGCACAGGCAGCGGCACCAGUCCAGCACCGGCCGGCACUCUCACCUGCUCCAGCAUAGGCCAUGCCAUCACACUGUGGCCACGGCCAGGCUCCCUGGUGCUGUGUGCCUGGCUCUCCGUGCCAGUCCUGCUUUAUAUAUCCCAUGCCUGGACCGUGCCAGGCCCUGCUGACGCCAGGAAGACCCCAGCCCUCCCACUCCUUCAUACAGGAAUUAAACUUGGCAACCACUAA